AUGAAUGAUUCGUUGUCCAAAAUUACUUCUAUGAUAGAAUCCGCAAAGGAUCUAUCGAUUGAAGCUGCAAUGACAGCGUCUUCAAAACUAAUGGAUUCAACAACAUCAAGACCACAUGAAAUUUCAAGUUUAUUAAAUUCAAGAUUAAAUAGAGAUAUAUUGAAUGGUAUGAGAUGUGUCUUGUCACUUAUCUCAAAAGAAGAAGAUGGAUUACCAUAUUUUGCAGAUGUUGUUAAAAACAUUACUAAUGAUAGUGCUAAGAUAAGACAAUUAGUUAUGAUUUAUUUAACUAAAUAUGCAGAUGCAGAAGCUGAUACCGCUUUAUUAUCAAUUAAUUCAAUACAAAAAUCAUUAAAUGAUAAAAUACCAGCUAAUAGAGCCAACGCAAUUAGAUCGUUGGCUGGAAUUAAAAUUGAAUCAAUUGUUCCUAUUUUGACAUUAAGUUUGAAAAGAACAUCAACUGAUCCAUCUCCUUUGGUUAGAGCAUCAGCAGCAUUAUCAAUUGGUAAAAUAUAUGAUAUAGCUGGGAAAUCAAGGAAACAAAUUUAUGAAAUUUUGGGGAAUUUAUUGGCCGAUAGUGAUGUUAAUGUAGUGGCAGCUGCAAUUAAAUCAUUUUAUAUAAUAAUGAAUAAAUUAAAAGGUGAUAAAAAAUGGAAAUAUAUACAUGGAAACUUUAGAAGAUUUUGUAAUUUGAUAACUAAAUUUGAUGAAUGGACUCAAGUCUUUGUUAUGGACAUUUUGAAUGAAUAUUGUCGAAUUUUUAUUGCAAAACCAGUUAAUGAUCAGAAUUUAGAUUCUGAUUUGGAUUUAUAUAUUACUUCCUUAUUGCCAUUAGUACAAUCAAUAUCUGAGAUAGUCAUCAUAAGUGUCGCGAAAGCUAUAUAUUUAUUGACCCCUGGUUAUUUUCAAGAAUAUAAUUUGGAUACUAUGUUAUUAAGAAUUGCAAAUACAUCUAAUGAUCAAGAUGUUGCAGAAUUAUCAUUACAAUUUAUUUUAAUUUUAAGUAAAUUCAAUCCUCAAUUUUUUUCAAAGAAGUAUAGAUCAUUUUAUUUAACUCCAAAUGAUUACCUUCAAUCAUCGAUCUUAAAAUUGAAAAUUUUGGCCACGAUACCAAAUGAAGAUAACUUUAAAUUUAUUUUGGAAGAAUUAAAAUAUUAUGCUUCAAAUUCAGAAAAUGGUUUGAUUUCGAAAGAAUCCAUUAAAUCAAUGGCUAAAUGUUCAGCUAUAUCUUCUGAAUGGAGUCAAAAGAUAUUAAACUGGAGUUUGUCUAAACUUGAAACACUUAAAGGUGAUACAACAAGUGAAAUUUUAACUAUUAUUCGUCAUAUUAUCCAACAAAAGUAUGACUUAAAUGGAGAAUCAGAAAAAGUUUAUAUAUUAAAAGUUAUAAGUAAACUUGCAUCUAUACUAAGUAAACAAGAUCUUGACUUGGAGGAUGAUGCUAGAGGAUCAAUAAUAUGGACAAUAGGUGAAUAUACUAUUUUAGCUGAUAACUUAAUAGGUCCAGACGUAUUAAGAUUGCAUAUUAAAAACUUUGCUCAUCAACCUGAAUCAGUUAGGUAUCAAUUAUUACUUUUGGCAUGUAAAAGUGCAGUUUUUGAGUUGAAUAGAAUUAAAAAUGAACAUACCGAAGAAGAAAAUGAAUUAGUUAAUUCAAAAUUUCAAGGAACAAUGGAGUAUAAAAUGUUUCAACAUAUUUUAUAUCUAUCUAAAUAUGAUGAAUCUUAUGAUACAAGAGAUAGAGCAAGAAUGUUUAGUGUUUUACUUGAUUCUGGAGCUAACAGAUCUCAAUUAUCGUCAUUAAUAUUCCAAGUCCCCAAACCAAUACCAUUAAUAGAUCUAGUUGAUAGUUCAAAUUAUGAUAAAUCAUCACUUAAAUAUUUCAAAACCAAAGAUUGGAAUAAAGAUCAAAAUAAUUUACCAUCAUCUUCAAUUAGAAAUGAAACACCUAUUCAAUAUAAUAAAUUAUCAAAUUCUUCAAAUAAUUUUAAUAGUAAAUCACCAAGUCCAAUUAGUAUUAAUGAAAAUUCUUUUAGUUCAAAACAAUUAAAGAAUUUACCUGAUGCUAUAAAGUCAAAAAAUUUUGCAUCUGAUACUACGGCUAAUGCCAAAUCUUAUAAAUUACAAAGUUUGGAUGAAUUUUUUGGUAGUGAUGAUGAUGAAGAAGAAGAGGAAGAGGAAGAAAACGAGGAGGAUGAAGAGGAAGAAGAAGAAGAAGAAGAGGAGGAAGAAGAAGAAGAAGAAGAAGAAGAAGAAGAAGAAGAAGAAGAAGACUCCAGUGAUGAAGACGACGAGGAAAAUGAAAGCAGUGAAGAAAAUGGUUAUGAUAAGUUACGAGAAAAAAUGCAAAACGGACAAGAAUAG